AUGUAUGUAUAUUAAAUGCUGGCUUUUGACGUGGUCAAUAAUUUGUUUGUGACAGACCUGCAACACCUGACGGCGCUCACCUUUAAUCAGCUCAGCAACUGUACGCAGGAGGAGUCGAUUGUGCUGGAGCCGGGCUGCGAAAUAACCAACAAGCGCUGCCAAUGCUGGCCCACAAUGCGCACCUGUCGCAGUCAAUUGUCCAACGAUGGCGGCUCACCGAGCGAUUCACGUUGGCAUUUCAAGAAUCUCGAGGACUGCCAAUUAAAUUUGCAAAAUCUAAUUAAAAUCGAAUUGGAAUUCGAUGAAGACUAUAAAAUCUCACCGAGCAAAUUCACAUACAAAAAGCUGCGCAGAAAGCGAAAAUCGUUGAGGAAGCGACUGUGGGUGAAAUGAUUGCCAAGCAUAAAUGAACGAUUGCUAAACGAUUAUUUAACAAUAAUUAUUAUCAUUAUUAUUGCUCCAUUUUCAUGUGCAGCAUCAUAUUGGAGAAUGGCGACAGUUCGCAUGCCAUAUAAACGUCCCUCUUUCACAUAAAUACAAUUCUUGUACAGAUACUAAUGCUUAAUUCUAUGACAUGUGGCUAAUAUAAAUACAAUACGAUAAUAAACAGCAUAUACAUAUACAUGAUAAAUAUAUAAAUACAUAAUAAAUAAAUAUAUAUAUAUAUUAUAUAUACACGCACAUGCUUGCAUGCGUGCAUGUGACAUGUGGCUAUUGUAUGUAAUCCCUAAGGCAUUUGUUACUUUAUUGUUUUUAACAAAACAAUUUGUGCGCAUCCAUAAUGUAUUAUACAUUGCAAAUUUCUAUUCCUAAACUAAUGACAAG